AUGGCCUCUCCAAACUCGAUCCCCAGCCCGGAUGACUCCCUUACCCAGGGCGGCACUACCACCAAUGUCGACACCCCUGUCACUCCCAAUCCCUCGGAGACCCUGCCCCAAGGGUCCUCUUACGACAUAUCCUCCCAACUAACCCUAAUAAUCACCACCUCUCCAACCCCCUCGGCCCCCUCAACCUCCCUCCUCAGCCAAAUUCUCUCCUCCUUCCGCGCCUUCUGCCCUCCCCUGCUGCACUGUCCCGUCAUCCUUAUCCUCGACACGUACGAUCAUAUCAGCACAACAGCCCGUCUCAAAAAGGGACAUGUCACGGCCGAGGGGGCAAAGAAGUACGCCCUGUAUAAGGAGAACGCUAAGGCCCUUAUAUUGAGGGAGUGGUCGCUAGAGGGGAAAGAGGGAGAUUUAUUGGAAGAGGAAGGACAGGCCGAAUACGGGAGCGUGGCGUACGCGCAGCAUGGGAAUCCUGUUGUUAAGCUGAGGAUUAGUCGGACACGGGAUGGGAAGGUGACGUUUGUGGAGCCGGAGCAGAGAUUGGGGUUUGGGCUGGCGGUGAGGGAGGGGUUGAGAUUGGCGCGGACGGAGUAUGUGUGGGUGCAGCAGCAUGAUUGGUCGCUGGUGGCGCAGAUUCCGGUUGGGGAGGUAUUGGAGGUGAUGAGGCGGCAGUCGGAUGCUGCUGAUGAGCACGAACUGACGGGCGUGGAAAACACCGAGCCGACGACCAAAGUCCCCGUGAAAUACGUCUGCUUCCCAAGCGUGCGCAUGCUCCGCUACGCGCGAUCCGACCAUGUCAUGCUCUUUCCGGCAUUACGCGCCCUGACGAAUCUGCACAAACAAACCUUUACGGUCAGGGACUCUACCAAGAAUGUUCAGCACAAAAUCCCGCUGACGCCCCUCUUCUUCUGGCAUGACAAGCCGCAUAUCGCCGAGAAAUUACACUAUCUCGCCCGCGUAUUUCCCAACCGCUCGGCCGUGCCGCGCGGCGCCUUCAUCGAGGACACGGUCGGCCAUCGCGCGCGUGACGAGAUGAAGGAAGGCCAAUGGAGGAAGUGGGCUUGCUGGCUGUAUUACCCGGACGAGGGGAAACAGCUUUGUCUGAGGCACCUGAAGGGCAGGACGUGGAGGGGUGCGGAAGGGGAGUUGGAGAGGAAGAUGGAAUUGAUCAGGAUCAACCAAGAGAAUGGCAUCCCUAAGAGGGAUGGAAAGAGCCAGGUUGAGUGGGAAUAUAUUUGGUCUGAGGAAGAGACGCUGUGUGGAGAUUAA